AAUAAUCAAUCAGUCAUUGCGAGUAUUCGAAAGAGUUCUUUCAUAAUGUUCGGAUGCUUCAAAAAGAAGAAAACGAACAAGUCGCUGGAGGAUCUUAAGAAAGAUGUGGUCAUCGACGAUCAUGAGAUACCGCUCGACGCCCUGUUCAAAAGAUACACCACAUCCGAAAAGAAUGGAAUAUCGGAAGCCGAAGCAACAAAUCGGUUGAACAGGGACGGUCCGAAUGCACUGACGCCACCCAAACAAACUUCCAAGUGGAUCAAGCUUGCUGGUUCGAUUUUCGGUGGAUUUAACUUUCUACUUUGGUGUGCCGCAAGUGCUUCUGCCGUUGGCUAUGGAAUGGAUUUGUCGAUGAGCGACGACGAGGAGGUUCCAAAGGAUAAUAUGUACAUGGCUAUAAUUCUGGCGACCGUAGUCACCGUCACCGGAUUGUUCGAUUUUUAUCAAAACCGAAAAAGUGGAAAUUUGAUGGACUCUUUUGCCAACAUGAUUCCCCCGAAGACCCUCGUUGUUCGAGAUGGAGCCACAAGAGAAAUCGAAGUCAAAGAUCUUGUAGUCGGUGAUCUUGUUCGGUUCAGAGGCGGAGAUCGUGUUCCCGCAGAUCUUCGUGUUACCCUAGCGCGAGGCCUGAAAGUUGACAACUCGAGUUUAACCGGAGAAUCGGAGCCCCAGACAAGAAACAUGAACUGCACAAGCAAAAACGCGCUGGAGACGAAGAAUCUGUGCAUGUUCAGUACGAGUGUUUUGGAAGGAUCUGGCGAGGGUAUCAUCAUUGGAACCGGGGACCGCACGUUUGUCGGACGAAUCGCUGCAUUGACUACUCAAGUGGACCCAGGACCCACUCCAUUGGCUAAGGAGAUCAAUCAUUUCAUCAAGAUCAUUUCAAUCGUCGCCUUUACCGUAGGAAUUGCGUUUUUCAUAUUGGCUCUUGUCUACGAGUAUCCACCUCUCAAAGCUAUUGUCUUCUUCAUGGGAAUUGUGGUGGCAAAUGUUCCAGAGGGAAUUGUUCCGACUGUAACGGUGAGCCUCACUCUUACUGCCGUCAAAAUGCGCAAAAAGUUUUGCCUUGUGAAGAAGCUUCAAGCCGUUGAAACACUUGGCUCGACGUCGACAAUUUGUUCGGAUAAAACGGGAACACUCACCCAGAACCGAAUGACUGUCACGCAUUUGUGGUUUGAUGGGAAGAUUAAGGAUACCGAGAUCCUACCGCCAAAUGACCAUUUUAAAGGCGAAAAGAAGUAUGAGAAGGAGGACUCGUACCAGAAGUUGCUUAGAUGUGCCACGUUGUGCAGUCGUUCUCAUUUUCGAGUACCUGAAUUCGAUGUACCUCUAGCAAAACGAGUAGUAAAUGGAGAUGCCUCCGAAGUAGCCAUCAUGAGAUACUGCGAGAUGAUUCGAGGGGAUGGUCAAGUAGAUGAGUUCCGAAAAAUCAUGCCAAAGAUUGGAGAGAUUCCGUUCAACUCUACCAACAAAUACCAAUUGUCUAUCCAUCCGAUGUCUAAAAAGCAAAACAUUCUUGUGAUGAAGGGUGCUCCGGAAAAGAUUCUCAAGCUGUGCUCUACGUAUUAUCAGAAUGGAGAGACAAAGAACGUAUCGAAGAAGUUUGAAAAGGAGUUCCAGCAGGCCUACGAGACACUUGGAUCAUACGGAGAACGAGUCUUAGGAUUCUGUGAUUUGGAGAUGAGUACGACGAAGUUCCCUCCCGGAUUUAAGUUCAACAUGGAAGAACCCAAUUUCCCAAUCAAAAAUCUCCGCUUCCUCGGCCUAAUUUCUAUGAUUGAUCCACCUCGCCCAGGUGUCCCUGAAGCAGUUCGAGUGUGUCAAAACGCUGGAAUUCGAGUUGUAAUGGUGACCGGAGAUCAUCCAAUCACAGCUAGAGCAAUUGCCAAUCAAGUGCACAUUAUUGAGGAAAACGUGCAGGUCACAGAAAUUGUGAACGCGGAUCCGAAAUGCGACCCAGCAAGUGAUGAGAUCUAUGGUAAAGGACGUCUGAAGCCAACAGGAGCAGUGGUUAUUCAUGGAGAGCAACUGACUACCAUGUCGCCAAAAACGUUGAAGGCAGUGGUCACCAAUUAUCACCAGAUCGUCUUCGCCCGAACCUCUCCCGCUCAAAAACUUCAAAUCGUCGAAGCCUUCCAAUCGGUCGGAAACAUUGUUGGAGUCACAGGAGACGGUGUGAAUGAUGCCCCGGCGCUCCGAAAGGCUGAUAUCGGAAUUGCGAUGGGAAUUACUGGAACCGACGUCUCAAAACAGGCGGCUGACAUGAUUUUGCUCAAUGAUAAUUUUGCGUCAAUUGUGACUGGUGUUGAGGAGGGACGUCUGAUCUUUGAUAAUCUGAAAAAAUCAAUCGCCUACACCUUGACCAGCAACAUUCCAGAAAUCACACCCUUCAUGUCGUAUGUCCUGUUCGGUCUUCCACUUCCAAUGUCCAUCAUCGCCAUUCUCAUGAUCGAUCUUGGCACUGAUCUCUGGCCAGCCAUCUCAUUUGCAUACGAGGUUCCAGAAAGCGACAUCAUGCAGAGAGCUCCGCGUAAUCCGCUCUACGACAAGCUCGUCAACAAACGACUCGUCAUGUUCUCCUACAUGCAAAUCGGAGCGAUUCAAGCGUGCGCCGGCUUCACCACCUACUUUGUGUUGAUGAUGUCGAACGGAUGGUUCCCGCAGGAUUUGUUGAAUAUUAGUGAGCAAUGGGAUAACAAGUAUAUCGAUGAUUUGGAGGACAGUUAUGGACAACAAUGGAGUUAUGAAAGCCGAAAAGCUCUGGAGUCUUGCUGUUAUGGUACUUUCUUCUUCACGAUUGUGGUCACCCAGUGGUCUGAUUUGUUUGCUUCGAAAACUAGAAAGAACUCUUUGGUUAUGCAAGGAAUGGAAAACCAUGUGCUCAAUACAUCAGUGAUCUUCACCUGCUUCUUGGCAAUAUUUGUUCUCAACACUCCGUUUGUGAAUGAAGUCUUGGGAGUUCAAGGAUUCCGAUUGGAAAUUGGAUUUCUCGCAUUGCCGUUCGCAUUCUUCAUUGGCUUGUAUGACGAGGUUAGAAGAUAUUUCAUUCGGACUUAUCCUGGUGGAUAUAUCUACAAAGAGACCUACUAUUGAUUAUUGUAUUUUUCUAUGUGAAUGAAAAGAGAUGUGAAAAUGCC